AUGCACGUGAAUACGCUCGUCAAAGGAUACCCUUUGCUGCGGUCAACUCACGAAGCAGCUUACCAGACCCUUGAAGACAUCCUGCAAGAGUUCGACGUCAGCAAGCAAGAAGGUGCCGCGAGCUCCAAUGUUCGAUUCGAAGGUGAUAUUCCCCAUCCCAACACGACGCACAGCCAAAAUCUGAACCUCACCCUUGUGGGAUGCAUACCCGCUCUCGCCAAUGCUGUCGCCGCGGCUGAGAUUCUCGAGGCCCGUGGCGGACCACGACAGACUAUCACAGCUGACCUACGGAGAGGCCACAACUAUAUAGACCCUGGGAUCGGAAUGACUCCAACGAUCAACGGGCAAGAGAUCACUAUGGAUGUCGUGGCAGGAAAUCCGUUCAUCAACAACAUCUUCGAGACCAGAGACGGAAAGUAUGCCGUGCUGAGCGCUGUGUACGUGGACCUGGCUUACAAGUGGACUGCAUUGCUGGGGUGUUCGAUGGCGGAGCAUGAUGUGAGAGAAAAGGUCAAGCAGUGGUUCUCGACUGAUCUCGAAGACCUCGCACUCAGCGCAGGCAUGCCGAUGGCCAUCUGCCAAACCGAAAGCUCGUGGACUGCCCAUCCACAGGGUCAAGUCCUCUCGAAACUUCCUUGGGUACCGUCACGACGGCUUCCCACCGGGGGUAACGCCCCCUUCUCGCCUUGGUCGGCCCUCCCUACCGAACCUCGCCGGCCCCUCUCAGGAAUCAAGGUCCUCUGCCUCACCCACGCCAUCGCUGGCCCCUCGGCAGGUCGCACCUUGGCCGAGCACGGCGCCUCCGUCCUGCAAAUCAUGUUCACGCACGGCUUCGAGCACCAAUUCGUCUACACCUAUGCCAAUUUGGGCACCGCCUCAACCCGCCUCAACCUCAACAAUAACUCCGACCGUGCGCGGCUCCGCACUCUAGUGCAGGAAGCGCACGUGUGGAUCGACUCAUUCCGCCCUGGCGCGAUUGCGAAAUUCGGUUUCGACGACGUGGACAUUUUCGCCCUCAACCCUGCCAUGAUCGUGUCGCAUAUCCGCGUGUACGGUACUACUGGCCCAUGGGCGCAUACGCCAGGCUUUGACAUGCAGGGAUCGGCGUCGAGCGGCAUGAUGGCGCUGUGCGGUGAGGGUGUGGGCGAUGGCCGGCCGCAGUGGCCGCCAGGAAUGGUCAUCAAUGAUUACACGACUGGCUAUUCUACCGCGCUGGCCAUCCAGAGCAUGUUGCUGAAACGCUUUAGGGGAGAAGUGUCCGUGGAGGACGGGUGGCUGUUGAGCCCGAGCCUGUGCGGCACCGCAAUGGGCAUCUUGAAAUACUUCAAGACAUCGCGCUUUGCGACCGCGCAUGAUGCUUGUGAUGAAACGAGUGCACCGCUGCCUCCGCUGACGAUUGAGGAGCAGACGGGUUUGGGUUAUCUGAGGACGCUUGCGCCACUGCCACAGAUGGGUGUGACGCCGAUCUGCUACGAAAAUGGUCUUCUGGUGCCGAUGGGAUCGUCGAGUCCAGUCUUCCCAGGCUUUGAUCAGGAGUACUCCUUCGAUACAGCUGGACCAGAUGAUCACACGGGCCUGCACGCCGUGCUUGUUUCGGCGAAUGACAAGAUCGAGCGGCUCAGGGUCAUGGGUGAGGAGCGAAGAGCAAGCAGGGAUAAAGCGGAGAGAAGCACUGGCACCGCGCGGCAUUGGGACGCUUACGCAGGCAUGGACAGCUGA